AAUUUAUCACUACUUGAAGAAGAUAAAACUACUAAUGGAGAUGAUGAUUCAAGUGUUAUUAUUGCUAAUACUCAUGCAAAAACACCACCACCACCUCCAGUACUUUCAGUUCCACUUAAUCAAAAAUCUGCAAAUUCAACUAUUAUUUCAUUACCUCAAGCAACUCCACCAAUUCCAACACUUAGUCCAGCAUCAUCACCACCACCUGUACCAACCAGUAGUACUAUUGUUGAAUCAGUUGUUUUUUCUACACCUAAUGGUCAAUUAUCACCUAGUCCACCGAACAAUUAUAUUAAUACUAAAAUUCCUCCUGUUAUUGUUGUACCUCUAUCUGCUUCAUUGACUUCACUUAACAAACAACAACAACAAUCAUUAUUAUCAACAACAAAUUCUCUUCUUGAUUUUGUUGCACCACCACACGGUGGAAAAGAACAAUCUC